AGAGGGGAGGGAUCGAGAGGGAGCGGGGAGAGAGAGGCUGCAAUCUCCUCCCCGAAUCGCGCACAGCGCUGCAGAUCCCACUGCUCCGACCUGCGGGCCGAAUGCAGGUGAGGGAAAGCACGGACUCUGCGGCUGCAAACCCAAACUUGGGCACCGCGCGGUGCGCACGGCUCAGCCUUCGCCCCCGCGGGCGAACGGCUGCUGCGGUUUCAGGCGGCGGCUUCGUGACUAAUGACCUUGCGCAGAGUUAAGAAAAAAAAAGAGAAACCCGAGCUCUCGGGGGUGAGAAGGGACUGACUCUCUGGGCGUCUCUGAAGAUGGCUCGGGCUGCUGUUUGGCGCGCGGGGAGAACCCGGACGCGGAUCGCCCUGUGACGCGCGUGGUCUCCACUGCACGGUGCCCGGAGCGACCUGGCGGGGAUUUUUCAUUCUAGAUCAGUGGACUGGUUCUCCCGCUAAGCCGAGCGAAGUCGGAGUUGAGACUGGCUUGUUGCUGACUCCGACACCUCGUGCCGCAAGCGCCUCACGUUUGUCCAGGCAGCGGGAGCAGAAGCUGGGUCUAGAGUGAGUGGCUGCAACGUGAAUUGGACUCCACUCCAGCAGCAGCAGCAGCAGCAGCAAAGACGAGCGGGCUUGGCAGGCUCGGAGGCUGCAGGCUCGCGCGCGCCCCGCGGGUUCCCGGCUCCGCCGCCCGCCAAGCCGGAGCGGCUGCGGCCACGUCCCACGGUGCGGGGACGCGAGCCCGGGAUUCUCCGCCCGCCGCGGGGAUGACUCUGGGGGGGGCUCCGAGCCCGCGGCGCGCAGUGUCCCGUGAACUGUGAGUACUGCGACUGAACGGCGGCUGGCGAGCGGGCGAUUAGCACCCAUUGCAUGAAUUAUGAAACAAUAACUUUCGGAAGAAGCAGGAGGAAAAAAAGAAGGAUCUUCCGCCGUUCCCCUUGGGUCGACUCUGCGCCCUGCUUUUUGCCCCCCCCCUCUCGCGUCUUCGUUUCCCGGAGAGGGGCGAGGACCCGGAGGAGGGCAGGCGGCCGGCCCCAGAGGAGGGGGGAGCCCGGGGGGGCUGUGAUCAGAAGGAGCAGUAGCAGCAGCAGCAGGAGAAGAUGCUGAGGAUGCGCACCACGGGAUGGGCGCGCGGCUGGUGCCUGGGCUGCUGUCUCCUCCUGCCGCUUUCGCUCAGCCUGGCGGCCGCCAAGCAACUCCUCCGGUACCGCCUGGCCGAGGAGGGCCCAGCGGACGUUCGCAUCGGCAACGUCGCCUCGGACCUGGGCAUCGUGACCGGCUCCGGGGAGGUGACUUUCAGCCUCGAGUCGGGCUCGGAGUACCUGAAGAUCGACAACCUCACCGGCGAGCUGAGCACCAGCGAGCGGCGCAUCGACCGCGAGAAGCUGCCCCAGUGUCAGAUGAUCUUCGACGAAAACGAGUGUUUCCUGGACUUCGAGGUGUCUGUGAUCGGGCCCUCGCAGAGCUGGGUGGACCUGUUCGAGGGUCGGGUCAUCGUGCUGGACAUCAACGACAACACGCCCACCUUCCCGUCGCCCGUGCUCACGCUCACGGUGGAGGAGAACCGGCCGGUGGGCACGCUCUACCUGCUGCCCACCGCCACCGACCGCGACUUCGGCCGCAACGGCAUCGAGCGCUACGAGCUGCUCCAGGAGCCCGGGGGCGGCGGCGCGGGGGGCGAGGGCCGGCGCGCGGGGCCUGCCGACAGCGCCCCCUACCCCGGGGGCGGCGGGAACGGCGCGCCCGGCGGGGGCCCCGGCGGCUCCAAGAGGCGGCUGGACGCGCCGGAGGGCGGCGGCGGGACCAGCCCCGGCGGCCGCAGCAGCGUGUUCGAACUGCAGGUGGCCGACACCCCGGAUGGCGAGAAGCAGCCGCAGCUGAUCGUGAAGGGGGCGCUGGACCGCGAGCAGCGAGACUCCUACGAGCUGACCCUGCGGGUGCGCGACGGGGGCGACCCGCCUCGCUCGUCCCAGGCCAUCCUGCGGGUGCUCAUCACCGACGUGAACGACAACAGCCCCCGCUUCGAGAAGAGCGUGUACGAGGCUGACCUGGCAGAGAACAGCGCCCCCGGGACCCCCAUUCUGCAGCUGCGUGCCGCCGACCUGGACGUGGGGGUCAACGGGCAGAUCGAGUACGUGUUCGGGGCCGCCACCGAGUCGGUGAGGCGGUUGCUGCGCCUGGACGAGACGUCGGGCUGGCUCAGCGUCCUGCACCGAAUUGACCGCGAGGAGGUGAACCAGUUGCGCUUCACGGUCAUGGCCCGCGACCGCGGGCAGCCCCCCAAGACCGACAAGGCCACGGUGGUGCUCAACAUCAAGGAUGAGAACGACAAUGUGCCGUCGAUUGAAAUCCGCAAGAUCGGGCGGAUCCCGCUCAAGGACGGGGUGGCCAACGUGGCCGAGGACGUUCUGGUCGAUACUCCCAUUGCCCUGGUGCAGGUGUCCGACCGAGACCAAGGCGAGAACGGAGUGGUCACCUGCACCGUGGUGGGCGACGUGCCCUUCCAGCUCAAGCCAGCCAGUGACACAGAGGGCGACCAGAACAAGAAAAAGUACUUUCUGCACACCUCCGCCCCUCUGGACUAUGAGACCACCAGGGAGUUCAACGUGGUCAUCGUGGCGGUGGACUCCGGCAGCCCCAGCCUCUCCAGCAACAACUCUCUGAUUGUCAAGGUGGGGGACACCAACGACAACCCGCCCGUCUUUGGCCAGUCGGUGGUGGAGGUUUACUUUCCGGAGAACAACAUUCCUGGCGAGAGGGUGGCCACGGUGCUGGCGACAGACGCCGACAGCGGGAAAAACGCAGAAAUUGCCUAUUCCCUCGACUCCUCCGUGAUGGGGAUCUUUGCCAUAGAUCCUGAUUCUGGGGACAUCCUCGUCAAUACCGUGCUGGACCGCGAGCAGACUGACAGGUAUGAGUUUAAAGUUAACGCCAAAGACAAAGGCAUCCCCGUGCUGCAGGGCAGCACCACAGUGAUUGUGCAGGUGGCUGACAAAAAUGACAAUGACCCUAAGUUUAUGCAGGACGUCUUCACCUUUUAUGUGAAGGAAAACUUGCAGCCCAACAGCCCCGUGGGGAUGGUCACAGUGAUGGAUGCUGACAAGGGGCGCAAUGCAGAAAUGAGCCUGUAUAUAGAGGAGAACAGUAACAUUUUUUCCAUUGAAAAUGACACAGGGACCAUUUACUCCACAAUGUCUUUUGACCGGGAACAUCAGACUACUUACACAUUCAGAGUCAAGGCCGUGGAUGGGGGAGAUCCUCCCAGGUCGGCCACAGCCACUGUCUCUCUCUUUGUGAUGGAUGAGAAUGACAAUGCUCCCACAGUUACCCUGCCCAGAAACAUUUCUUACACUUUACUGCCACCUUCAAGUAAUGUCAGGACAGUAGUAGCGACAGUGUUGGCAACAGAUAGUGACGAUGGCAUCAAUGCAGACCUGAACUACAGCAUUGUGGGAGGGAAUCCCUUCAAGCUGUUUGAGAUUGACUCCACCAGUGGUGUGGUUUCCCUAGUGGGAAAACUCACCCAAAAGCACUAUGGCUUGCAUAGGUUGGUUGUGCAAGUGAAUGACAGCGGGCAGCCUUCCCAGUCCACCACGACUCUGGUGCAUGUGUUUGUCAAUGAAAGUGUUUCUAAUGCAACUGUGAUUGACUCCCAGAUAGUCAGAAGUUUGCACACCCCACUCACCCAGGAUAUAGCUGGUGACCCAAGCUAUGAAAUUAGCAAACAGAGACUCAGUAUUGUCAUUGGGGUGGUUGCUGGAAUUAUGACAGUGAUUCUAAUCAUCUUAAUUGUAGUGAUGGCAAGGUACUGCCGGUCCAAAAACAAAAAUGGCUAUGAAGCAGGCAAAAAGGAUCAUGAAGACUUUUUUACACCCCAACAGCAUGACAAAUCUAAAAAGCCUAAAAAAGACAAGAAAAACAAAAAAUCUAAGCAGCCUCUCUACAGCAGCAUUGUGACUGUAGAAGCUUCUAAACCAAAUGGACAGAGGUAUGAUAGUGUCAAUGAGAAGCUGUCAGACAGUCCCAACAUGGGGCGAUACCGGUCCGUAAACGGGGGGCCUGGCAGUCCUGACCUGGCCAGGCAUUAUAAAUCUAGUUCCCCGUUGCCUACUGUCCAGCUUCACCCCCAAUCACCAACUGCAGGAAAAAAACAUCAGGCCGUACAAGAUCUACCACCCGCCAACACAUUUGUGGGAGCAGGAGACAACAUUUCAAUUGGAUCAGAUCACUGCUCUGAGUACAGCUGUCAAACCAAUAACAAGUACAGCAAACAGCCAUUUCGUAGAGUGACGUUUUCUGUUGUGAGUCAGCCUCAGGACCCACAUCAGGGGUCACUGCAGAGUUGCUAUGACAGCGGGCUGGAGGAGUCAGAAACACCAAGCAGUAAGAGUUCAUCAGGGCCAAGACUGGGUGCCCUUCCACUCCCAGAGGACAACUAUGAAAGGACCACGCCGGAUGGCAGUGUUGGUGAGGCAGAGCAUAUGGAAAAUGAUUCAAGGCCUCUUCCAGAUGUCGCCCUGACUGGGAAGUGUACCCGUGAGUGUGAUGAAUAUGGCCAUUCGGACUCCUGCUGGAUGCCGGUCCGCACUUCUCCAGAGAGGAAGAAGAGCCAGCCCAAACUUUCCACUUUCAUGCCUGUUGAUGAACGAGGAAGCCAGGAAAAGCUGGCCAAUGGCGAGGCUGCCAUCAUGGGUGACCGCAACAGAAAUCUUCUGAACAAAAAGUUGACCUCAUCUUAUGAGACCUUCAGUGCAGCUAGUUUCAGCAAAAAUGAGGAAGCCAACCCUGAGGAUAUUCCCCUUACAAAAACAGGGGAAUACAAGCCAUCUCCUGUCAAUACUCUCACUAGAAGAGAAGUUUACCUGUAGGCUAAAGGAGCAACAGCAAAGUUCUUUUCAUGAAUGAGAAGGAUAAUAAGGGGGAAAACUUAUAAAGCAAACCGUUUAAUCAAAAAGAGGGGGCUACCAAAGAGACAAAGCUUUGCCUGCCACUUCUGCCUCCAGAUCAGGCCUUUAGUGAUACUGUUAGCCUGAUUGUAAUGUACAUGUAGAAACCAUCCUUGUUACUUGCAUGUCUAACCUCCUCACGGAUUCCCAACACCUACUAUCCCUCUUCCUCAACCCCCUCCAACCAACCAAGCAACAAGAUGGUUGCAAGUUUCCUUCAUGGUAAAAAGCCUGAUUAGCAGAACACAACACACUCUCAUGAUCCCUAAUUGAAGCAUGAGUUUAGUCACUUUGAUUUAGUUUGAGUGUCAUCUGGCUGGUCAAUAAAAGCAGAUCAGGGAGAAUCUAUUUUAGACAUGUCAUCAGAAUAUAAUCACCAUGAAAGACAAUCCCUCAAAACUGAUAGAGUCCUUCUAAAAGUACAGACCUUACACAGAUGGACUCUAUUAAGAAGUAUUUUGGGAAGAUAACAGCUUUAAUAUUCUUCAAAGAUUGAAAGCAAAAUUAUACCAGUUGGACAUUAGAGUCCCAAGUUAGCAUAUGUGUUCUUUUCAAGUCAGAAGCAUCAACUUCAAUUCCAUACAUUCACUGAGUAUUCUUAGCAUACACAAACUUGAUCACAUGUAUCAAUUACAAUAAUUAUACCUUGUAAAAAUUAUAUAUAUAUUUUCAGAAUAGCAUCACUAUUAUCAACUAACUGGAACAAUUGUGUCAUUAAAAGGCCAAAGAUCAUAAGGCAGAUCAGGGAAAUCAUGAAGUAGAUUUGGUCUUGACAGGAAAAUCCAUUAAGCAACAAAAGUAAACAAAUCCAUGCAUAUACAAAAACAUUCAAAACUAGUUUGUUUUACAUUGUCUCUCUAACCAGAAAAUAUGCUUUUAUUUUAAAAUAAAUUUUAUUUUUAAGCUCAGAAAAUUAAAAAAAAUAAUGAGGCCUAUUUUGGGUAUUAUAAUAGGCAAUUCAUUGAGUUUUGAGUUCAGUUUCAAAAAAUAUCGUCAGGGAAGUUUCCACUUUUCAAAAUGGUAUUUGUAGGUAGGCAGGGACAGAAAGAUGUGUCAGCAUAUAGACUUAUAAUUUAAAGUCCACUAUUAUUCCUUUAGAAUCCACAUUUCAAAUUGCCAAUUACUUAUUUUACUUGUUCUAUGCACAUUUCCAUAUAACACAAGUGCAUUAAUUUUGAAUCCUGUGCAACAUAGAACUAUUUCAAGACUUGUGAUAAUGAAAGAAGGUGACAGUGUGUCACUAAUAUGAUUUGAGCAUUAUUUAAUAUGUCUUAAAAUACAGCCACUGUGGACAUGAAAGAAAUGAGCUCCGGGCAGUGAUACGUCUUAGCAUGUACAUCUCAAAAUUGGAAAAUAUGCAGGUUUUUUAGUGUAAUAAAAAGAAACAGAAUAUGCAGAUUCUGAUUCACUUGCUCUAUAGAGGGUGAUAUAAUACAAUUGGAAAUUGAGCUGGGACAUUCAGACAAAUAUGACAAUCCAAGGACAGAAUAGGGGGUAGCAGGUGAUGAUAGCAAACAUUCUUAUUCCUGAACGUUUGUAACCUGGUCGGGAAGGCAUAGCCUUGAUGGCUCUCUAAUAAGCUAUAGAAACAAUGUAGCUUUGGGUAGUUUCAUGCUUUGCAGAAUUUCUUAGACUAUUAGGUGAAGAAGCCUGGAUUACAGGUUGUUAAUUCACUCUAGGUCAUCAAAAUGCUUAUCUUUGAAAACCACUUCUCUGUUUGAUAGGGACUUUUGGAGUCAUUUCCUUAUGCUCUUUCUUAAAUGGCGUUUUCAUUUUGAUGUUAGUUUAUGUAUAAUAGUUAGGAUGAAAAAAGAUAUGUAAUUGAAAUAAAAACAUUGGAGUAAAAUAUCAUAAUUAAACAUGCUUAUGUUUGAUUAUAAUUUACACGAUGGAAAGAUGCAAUUCUAGUACUUUGUUAGGAAACUGCAUUAAAGCAGUUCUGCCUUGUAUAAUCUGUAAGUACCUAUUAAGACAAAAUACUUCUAAAGAUACUUAUGAAAUGUAUACAUAUUUUUUCUUGCACGUUACAAAGGAAAUAUUCAAUUGCAUAACACAGAUGUUCAACAAAAUUUUUAAUGCAUUUUUCUUUUCUUUCACGAGACACUUGAAACCAUUAGAUAGCACAUUUCACUCUAUCUUAAAAACCCUUCUGUUGUCUAUAAAGCUAAUACGGGUCAUUUUGGACCUCCAAAUUAAUUGGAUCCACAUUCCCCAAUGAUGUUUGCACCAUAUUCAAGACAGCCACACCAUUGUCAUUUAAUUUGUGAGCCUCUCUUUAGAACUAAAAUGGGUGUGAAAGAAUAAAAUUCAGUGUACUGUAAGUAUUCGCAGUAAUUCUAGUAGAAUUAGCUAUCAUAACAUGUUUAUUAUAUAAUGAGCUGGCAUGACACAGAAAUAUAUUUUGUGUUUGUAUGACUUUUAUUUUGAAUAGGUUAAAUCUGGUGCCACUCCAUAUAUAGAGUGCUUUUGAAAAAAAAAUCAAUAAAAAGAAAUAAAAAAAAUAAAUGAGUGAAUGCAAAAUAAGCAACUGUGCCUUUUAUACCUGUUGUUAUGGUAAAAAAACGGUUGUUGGGUUUGGACAAUGAGGGGAAAUGGGCUAUUCCCAACUUUUUUGAUCCUGUAUAUGUAUCCAUGUUUAUUUUCUGAAAAUAAUAAAUAAUAUAUUAAAAAUUUGCCUUCUGACAAACUCAGAUAAUGGACCAGUCUUAAAUAUUAUUCAUUCAUAAGAAAAAAAAACUAAGGUAGUAAUAUGGACUGCACAAUUCUGACUAGAAGACUAAAGCAUUUCUUGUAAUCCUAAUAUGGAUAUCAGGGGUGAAAUCAGUCCAUUUUGCAGGUAAAAUAUUGAUUUAGAAUUUCUGUUCUUCAUUUCUUUUUUGUCAUUUUUCUUUUAGCUGCUGUUUCAUUUUGGUUGUACAAUAUAUAAGCCAUCCUUGUUUUCUGUACACUAGAAUCUCAAGUGAACUUUGCAUGCAUUAUACAUUAGGACACAUUUAUAAAUCAAUGAGUAACUAUAUAAAUUAAUGUGUAUUAAAACGUCUAUAGCUUCAGUCAAAAAUCUAAUACUCAUUCUGAACCUCCAGAUAUCAUUUCUAUAUGGUUUCUGACUGGCCUGCUGCCUGAGUUUCAGAAAACAAGGGAGGCAUUAUUUUUAUGGAAAGAGGAACUAAGAUGGUACUGAAGAUGUCUCACUGAAAGGCUACCCUAGGAAGCUGUCUUAGAGGAAAAUAAAAUAAGAAAUACAGCAUAGAAGAAAUGUGCAAGAAUUAAGCAGCCAUCCUGAAAUAAAUCAUGAGAAAUCUGAAAAACUAAGUAGUUUUAGGUAUAUUGCAUCGGUGAUAAAUACACAAUGGGUCUUUAAGGGGGAAAAAAUGAAACGAUCAUAAAUAUCUUAAAACUUGUUAGUUGUGACCCUGGCAAAGGUAAUUUUAACAUCUGGAGGAAGUCAUCCUUUUUUUCUGCUACCUAGGGUUUACUUUCAGAUGACUUUUCCUACAUUUUAAAGCACUUGCAUUCAGUGUGGUACGAUCUGUUUGUAAUGUUAAUCAUUGACUAUUGUUCUGCUACUUGGAUGUUGAUAGUGAAGCAGAGAACAAUUUAUCAUCGUUUAUUAUGAGUCACUAUGCACGCAACUAUGCUAAACAUGGCGAAAUGUAUUAAACACUCGUCCAACUAUUUAUGAAAUACUUUACAUAAUUUAAUUUGCUUUUGUACAGUUUUAUGUAAAUAAAUUGCUUGUCAUUUUUGUCUCUGCAAAUUAAAAUAUAACAUGGUCA